AAGAAAUAUCUGAUGAGCUUGAACGAUUAAAUGAAUUAACUGAAAAGUUUAUUGAAAUACUUACUGCCUAUGAGUACUGGAUCUAUGAUAAAGCCCCUGCAGAAACUUUUGCCUGUUAUAAUCUAUCGAAUCAAAAAAGGUAUCUACACGAAGGCUCCUGUUGGAAAAAAGAAUCUAAUCCUGAUGUCUAUUAUAUAUACGAAGAAAAAGAAUAUGUGCGAAUUAAAGAAAAAA